AUGCAGGCCACUACUCGAUCCAAAGAGACUCAAUUUGAGGCGGAGUCACGCAAGGUGGCCAACUUCCCUGACGUGGAGGAAUCACUGACCAAACGAUUUGCGAAAACCGAGAUGACCUACCUCGACAAGAUCACCAGCCUGUUAGGGGCCAGAAACCCCUUCAAGAAGAAGGCAAACUCCCAAGACAACGAGGUUUGGCUGCUCAACAACACCGCGCACCGCCCCAUUGACAAGAGCACCGGCAAACCUGGUCCGUGGCAGGCUGAAUUCGUCGCUGCUUUCUUUGUCAACGGGAGAGCCGACAUCAACUCGGCGGUAGCCGACAUACUCGACACCAUUGGCUUGGAUGGUAAUAUUGGCGAAGAUCCAGGCGUGAGGCAAAUCAUUGAGGAGCGCUUGAGGCCCUUCGUCCAGCAGAUAGCGCCCGCUCGGACCGUUGAUAUCACGAUCCCGACCCCGGACGCCACACAGGGAGGCAGCCAUGUGCGAACCCUCGGGCCCAGCGAUGGCAAUGGCAUCAGCAGCCAGGACUUAAUGACCGGUGGCCGCGAUGACUCGGACGGAAAAACCGUAGCCUGCACGUCGACAUCGUUCCCAAACCUCAAGAACCAGCUACGUUUCGCCGGACCCGAUGGGUGGGCCAUCAUCUCCGACAUUGACGACACAGUCAAGAGAACCAUGACCCCAGACCCGUUGGGCGUCCUCAAGUCCACCUUCAUUGAACCCACCCAAGUCAUUGGCGGCAUGCCGGAACUCUACAAGACCCUGCACGCCCAGUUCAACAACCCAGCCUGGUUCUACCUCUCGGCCUCUCCCUACAAUCUCUAUCCCUUCCUGCAUUCUUUUCUCUCCCAACACUUCCCAGCCGGCACCAUCAUCCUCCGCGAUUCCUCCUGGAUGUUCUUCGCCGGCCUGCUGCAGUCCCUAACCGAAGGCGUGCAAGAAUACAAAACCGACCGCCUCGAGAAGAUCCACUCCUGGCUCCCGCGCCGCAAAGUCAUCUGCAUCGGCGACUCCACCCAGUCAGACCCCGAAUCCUACGCCGCCAUCUACAAGAAGUACCCGGACUGGAUCAAGGCCAUCUACAUCCGCAAGGUGACGGACGCGCCGUUCAUGGAGCGCAAGAACGAGGACAAGCGCUUCGACGACGCCUUCAAAGAUGUCCCCGGGAGCGUGUGGAAGGUGUUUGUGCAGCCGGCUGAGCUGGAGGCCGCUGUUCGGGCAUUGCAGGGCUAG